AUGUCUAUGCGUUCGGUAGUCCGCACAUCUAACACUCUGCGCCUUGCCUCGCGCAGCGCCUUUGCCGCACGCUCUGUUGCUUCAGCUCGACUUCCACAAGUAGCUCGCGCUUCUGUUGCACCCGCCGCUCGUGCGUUUUCGUCGUCGGUGAAGCGGGCCGAAGAGUUCGAGAACCCGUUCGGCGUCAACUCCCUGUACAAGUUGACGGAAGAAGAGCAGAUGCUUCGUGAAGUUGUGCGCCGUUAUGCAGAGACACAGGUAAAGCCUCUAGUGGCACAGAUGGACGAGAACGAAAAGAUGGACCCGUCGAUCAUUAAAGGCCUAUUUGAGCAAGGUCUCAUGGCCAUCGAGACGUCGCCAGAGCUCGGUGGUGCAGGCAGCAGCUUUAUGUCAGCCAUUAUUGUGAUUGAAGAGCUUGCGAAGGUGGACCCAUCAGUGUCAGUCUUGUGUGAUGUGCACAACACGCUGGUGAACACAGUGCUACGUAAAUACGCCAACGAGCAUCUACAGAAGAAGUACAUGCCAAUUCUCUCGACGGAAAAACUCGGUUCAUUCUGCCUGUCUGAGCCCAACUCUGGUUCCGAUGCGUUUGCUAUGAAGACGACUGUGAAGAAGUCCGACGAUGGCAGCCACUACAUUAUCAACGGCUCGAAGAUGUGGAUUACGAACAGCGCUGAGGCUGAGUUCUUCAUCGUAUUCGCUCAGGGAGAUGCUUCGAAGGGUUACAAGGGGAUUUCGGCCUUUGCUGUUGAAAAGGACAUGGGUGUGGAAAUUGCCAAGAAGGAAAGCAAGCUUGGCAUUCGUGCGUCCAGCACAUGCACCGUGAACUUUGACGAAGUCAAGGUGCCAGCCGAAAACCUUAUUGGCGAGGAAGGCAAGGGUUACAAGAUUGCCAUUGAAAUCCUGAAUGAAGGACGUGUGGGUAUUGGUGCCCAGAUGGUCGGUCUUGCUCAGGGCGCCUUUGACCGUGCUCUUGCUUACACGUUUGAGCGCCAGCAGUUCGGUAAGCCAAUUGCCAAGUUCCAAGGCAUGCAGUUCCAGAUGGCUCAGAUUGCCACGGAGAUUGAGGCUGCUCGUCUCAUGGUAUACAACGCUGCUCGCUUGAAGGAAGAGGGCCGUCCAUUCACUAAGCAGGCUGCCAUGGCGAAGCUCUACUCAAGCCAGGCUGCUGAGCGUGCCGCUGGCCGUGCCAUUGAGUGGUGUGGCGGUCAGGGUUUCACACGUGAGCAAGGUAUUGAAAAGUACUGGCGUGACAGCAAGAUCGGUGCCAUUUACGAAGGCACUAGUAACAUUCAGCUCAACACGAUCUUCAACCUGACGGCUAAGGAGCAAGGCUUGUAA